AUGGAUUGAAGUCCGCCACGCGGUUACCGGAAUUUUCCCGGAAGGAUCCCACAAUGUGGACUUUGGAGAUGAGAACUAUUGCUCAUCGAUUUUUCUCCCUUUAAAUCUUCGAUUAAUUCUUAGCAUUUCCCAAUUUUAACUCAUUUUCUUCUUUUCGUCCUGCAGAAUCAAGGGUAAUGGUUCAGAUUAAAGCUCAUGAUCUUGCUUCUGAAGACGGCGUUCGACCACUUCUGGUGGUUACCGCCGCCGCUGCCGGUGGCUGCAGUAGUAUUCCCUAUAAACCCCUCGGCUUCAAGAAACUAGUCUUGUGCGUAUGCUUCGUAAUCGGCCUGAAGAGGACCACAGCACCGCCGCCGGUUAAUCAGCCGAGCACCAACAGAACCUCCUCUUCUCGAUCCUUCACGGCCGUUGAAGUAGAUGCAGAAGGCGAAGGGGACGAAAUUAGGGAAAUCGAGAGGCCGCCAAUUGAACGGAUUGUGAAAGAGAGGAAUUUAGAAGCCCUAAAGAGGUGCGGCGGUGUUGAGGCGGCAGUCUCAUUUCUGCAUUCUGAGUCACCGGCGCAGAUUGCUGCAAUUGAGGGUUCGGAACUAUCGGUUCGUGGGGUAGGCUCUUUUUUUCUUUUUUCGAGAGAAUUCUGGUACUCUUCGUGGCAGUCCGCAAAUAGCUGCACGAUCUUUGUCCUCAUUAUUGCUGCUGAUUUGUCUUUGGCCAUUGGAUCGUUGGAACAAGGACUUGAACAUGGAUGGCAUGAUGCUGUUGGUAUACUUGUUGCAGUUUUUGUACUUGUAUUUUUCCCUUCGGCCAUAAGCUUUCACCGGAAAAGAGCAGAGGAGAAGGAGCUUUUGAAGAUUGGGAAUGAGUGGAAAGUGAAUGUAGAAAGAGGUGGAAUACGCGUAACGGUCUCUGUUUUUGAUGUUAAGGUGGGAGAGAGAGUACAUUUGAAGGAGGGUGACCGUGUUCCUGCAUAUGGGUUGCUGAUCAGUGGUAAAAAUUUGACUGUGGAUGAAGUAAUAAACCCGAAGAUUGAUCCUGAUCAAAAUCCAUUUCUAUUUUCUGGUUCUGUGGUUGAAUGUGGCGAAGGGGUCAUGGUUUCAGUAUCUACCGGUGCCGAUACAGCUUUGAGAAAGGGGCUGCUUGAUGCGGCUGUUCAUCGUUCACAGGAGACGCUGUUUCAAUCUAGAAUGAACAAACCAUAUGAAUUUAUCGAAAAGUUCUCUCUUUCUGUGUCUUCAACAAUUCUUGUUGUAAUUCUAACACGUCUGAUAUGUAAAAAGCUUGAUGAUUUCUACAAUGAUAAGCCCGAAACCAAGGGAAAAGUCACGAUGGGUGUCUUGGCGAAUGUCUUCGAAAGAAUGUUCCUUAAAUCUGGGCGAGGAGUAUCCUUCUUGGCAACUGUUCUCUUGACCAUGGUGAUAGCAAUACAACAUGGGAUGCCUUUUUCAAUCAUAAUUUCCCUCUGUUUAUGGAGGGAAAAGAUAAGAAGAUCUCAUGGAGGGAAGUCUCGGAAUCUGUCAACUUGUGGAACUUUGGGCCUUGUUUCAGCAAUCUGUAUUAACAUCACUGGUGAGCUAUCAUUUCACGAGGUAGAGGUUGGAGAGCUUUUGAUUGGGGAAGAAAAGAUCAACCCUGGUAUGGGAUUUCAUCCUGAUAUUCGGGAAGGCUUUGAGCAUGCAGCCAAAGUUUUACGUUUUGAUCAUGUAAUUUUGGGCUCAAGAAAUGGCACUAGAGCACUGAACAGAAGUAGGGAUCCAGAGGCAAAUAUUCAUUUGCACUACAAUGGGGAUGCAUCAGGUAUUCUGAAUAUGUGCUCACAAUACUAUGAUAUCAGAGGCACAAUUCAUGAAAUAAGGAACCGGAAGGAUUUCUUUGAAAAGGUGAUUAAUGAUAUGAGAAAUGACGGUUUAAAACCCAUUGCAUUUGCUUGUAAACAGACGAAUGAUCAGGUGUCUGAAGAAGGAGGGUUAAAGUUGCUGGGAUUUGUGGGUCUUAAGUACUCAUGUCAAAAUAUAAAAAUGACCUUCAAGGAUCUCAAAGAUGUUGGUGUAAGAAUCAUACUGACAUCAGAAGAUGAGCUUUCUGUGGCCACAGCCGUAGCUGUUGAUCUUGGAAUUCAGUGUGGCUCCAACAACCAAGUGGUUGAAGGUGAGAAAUUUAGGGAAAUAAUGAAGAGUCCUGGAAUGGAGAAAAAUGAGCUAAUGGAGUCAAUUACUGUCAUGGGGAAGGCAACCCCUGAAGACAAGCAUCUCUUACUACAAGAAUUGAAAUCCGACGGCUAUGUUGUUGCUUUCUUGGGAGGUUUGACAAAGAGUGAUGUUCAGACUUUGAUGGAAGCCGAUGUUGGGGUGACACUACAAAACUGGAGCACCGAAGUAUCUCGAACGGCUUCUGAUAUCAUUUGUGAAGAUGCUACAUCCUUGAACCCGAUACUCAAAUGUGGUCGAUGCGCUUACCUUAACAUUCAAAAAUUCUAUCAAGUUCAGCUCAUUGCUUCCAUCUCUGGGCCUCUGAUAACCUUAGCCUACACCAUGGUUUCUGGAAAAUCUUCAAUAACGACAAUCCACCUUAUCUGGGUGACUUUGAUUAUAUGCCUUCUUGGUAGCCUGAUGAUGGUAAUGGAAUUGAAUGGUGAUAAAGUUAAACACGUUCUAAAAUGCGGUAGGGAUCAAUCUCUCAUAACCAAAGUUAUUCUGAAGAAGAUUGUAAUCCAUGUCCUAUGUCAAGCUCUUCUUUUCUUGCUAUCAGAGUAUGUGGGACAAAAGAUUCCUCUGCCUAGCAUGAACGAUGAUGUGCGGCAUACCAUGAUUUUCAAUACCUUCAUUCUUUUCCAGAUUUGCAAUCUGCUUGCUGCUAUGGGACUUGCAACAGAGGGGAUUGUAGUUUUUAAGGCUGUGCUGAAGAGUCUCUGGUUUAUGAUUUCUUUGGUGGGUGUAUUGGUUGUGCAAGUGAUGGUGAUUGAGUUUGCUGGAACAACUGUCAAUGGUGUGAGACUAAGUGCAGUGGGCUGGGCUGUUUGUUUCCUUUUUGCAUCACUGACAUUGACACUAGAAUGGGCCAAAAGAAUCUUCUUACCGGUACUUGCCACUUUGUUCUCUAUUGCACAUAUAUGUUUUAUGUUCGUCGUUUUAAUACCAUAUAGAUUUAGUGUCAUCCUAAGCAUAACUCAAGUGGUUUGAUAUUUAUACUCCCUUUUAUGAUGGUACAUUUGCAUGUAAUAAUCUAAAAAAGUCAUGUUUCAUGUA